AUGUGUAGCCAAGCCAUAUGGCUAAUGCUAAUACUAGAACAACAACAGGAGCAGCAGCAGCAGCAUCAACUUCAAAGUUCAUCAAAUGUUUCCUUACUGAUUUUUCUUUCUGGGUUCAUUUUUGUUUUUGAACUUUCUAAUUGGCAGGAUUACGUUCCUACUGUUUUUGACAACUUCAGUGCCAAUGUCUUGGUUGAUGGGCAAACUGUAAAUCUGGGUCUUUGGGAUACUGCUGGUCAAGAAGAUUACAACAGGCUGAGGCCACUGAGUUACAGAGGAGCUGAUGUUUUCCUUCUUGCCUUUUCCCUCAUUAGUAGGCCUAGCUAUGAGAACAUACCAAAGAAAUGGGUCCCUGAGCUGAGACAUUAUGCUCCAUCAGUGCCUAUAAUUCUGGUGGGGACCAAACUAGAUCUGAGAGAGGAUAGGCAGUUCCUAAUGGAUUACCCUGGGGCAUGUACCAUCUCAACACAACAGGGUGAAGAUCUGAGAAAACGAAUAGGAGCUGUGGCAUAUAUAGAGUGCAGCUCAAAGAAACAGCAGAACGUGAAGACUGUUUUUGAUGCAGCUAUCAAGUUGGCUCUGCAUCCUCCAAAGUCCAAAAAGCAAAAGAGAAAUUUGAACAUCUGCAGAGUUCUUUAAUCUCUCUCUCUCUCUCUCUCUCUCCUUGACAGCUUCUUUGACACUUUUGUUCAUUCUUUUCAACCCUCUUUUUCUUUCUGGGUGCUUCCUUCUCUUUUCUGGGAGAAAAGUGUGCAAUAUUCAUUGUGUUCUUUCUUUUAACUUCAUUAUAAUGUUAUUGGGUUUGGGGUAAA